AUGGAAACCAAGACGAAACGUCUAUCUCAUGAUGCAUAUACUGUGGCACUUCUCACUCCACUCGAGAUUGAGUUGAGUGCAGUGAGAUAUAUGCUCGACGAAGAACAUCAGCCAUUACCGAGCGCCCGCGGUGACCCAAAUUACUACGUCCUGGGACGGCUCUGUCAGCACAAUGUUGUGAUCGCGUCCUUGCCUGCGGGCUACCAAGGUACCGUCUCCGCUGCGGUGGUCGCUCGAGAUUUAGCACGCACCUUCCCGUCGGUCACCCUUCGACUGCUCGUGGGCAUUGGAGGUGGCGUGCCCAGCGACAAGACCGAUAUUCGUCUGGGAGAUGUGGUGGUCAGUGUUCCAUCCGGAACUCAGGGUGGUGUCGUGCAAUACGAUCUGGGAAAGCAGACGACAACUGGGUUUCAACGCAAAGGAUUCUUGUGCCCCCCGCCCAAUGAAUGGCUGGCUAUUCUCCCGAGAAUGCAAUCUGAUCACCGCGUGCGGUCCAACAUGGUCUCAAGUCACAUCGGAGAUAUGCUGAGACGAUUUCCAUCACUGUCCGAGUAUGAGAGACCAUCGUCUGAGAUGGACAUCUUGUUCAAGUCUGAUUACGACCAUUGCAUGGAUCAGCCGACUUGCCAGUCCUGCGAUAGACAAAUGGCAGUUCCCCGGCAGGAACGCAACCCUCCUGAUCGACCUUUCAUUCAUUACGGGGUCAUCGCAUCAGGGGAUCGCGUGAUGAAGAAUGCAAAAGAGCGGGACAUGAUCAGUAAGAGUAGCGAGGGCGCCAUCUGCUUUGAGAUGGAGGCAGCAGGCCUUAUGAACGAUUUCCGCUGCAUAGUGAUUCGUGGAAUCUCCGACUAUGCGGACUCGCACAAAAACGACAUUUGGCACGCCUAUGCCGCUGCAGCUGCCGCGGGCCUUGCAAAGGAGCUCCUUUCUGGAGCUAUCAGAAAGCUGAUUAAGGACGUCAAAAUCCUGGCAGCCACCAUUCAAUCCUCUCGUGCGGCUGCUGCCUUGAAGGCUUUCUACACUGAAGGGAAGCGGUUGAAUAUAGAACGUAUUUCGGGCCAACUACUCCCAAUGAGUCGCUGUUAUAUCAAUCUGGCGGUGGUGAAGCGCUCACUAGAGGUCGACGAGCACCAUCAAUCAUUCUCUCUCACGUCACGCCUCAAGGUGCAAGCAGACGAGGACACAGACAUCAUCCCCUUGCCAUCACUAUUUGAACCACGCACUGGAUCGUCUCAGACGCCUUCGGUACCCAAACGCAUUCUGAUAGAAGGGCGGGCUGGAGUAGGAAAGACGACUCUCUGCAAGAAGAUCGUUUAUGACCACCUCCACCAUCAAAUGUGGAACCACCUGUUCGACUGGGUAUUGUGGGUUCCAUUGCGCAAGCUGCGACGAAGAGCGGAAACGACCGCUGCGUACAACUUGGAGAAUAUGUUUUAUGACGAAUAUUUCUCUCAACAACCUGAUGGCAAAGACCUAGCGCGAGCAUUGUGGCAGGCUGUCAACGAUCCCUCCCUUAGCUACCGAGUACUUUUCCUACUUGAUGGGCUCGACGAAAUCUCCCGUGAAUGGGAUACAGACAUGCCAAUGCACGAUUUUGUCUCCCAUCUACUGAAGCAACCGCAGGUCAUUAUCACGACAAGACCCCGCCCCUCGGAUCAAAUCGACCUAGGGACUGUCGAUCUCGAACUAGAAACCAUAGGAUUUCUUCCUGAGCAGGUAAACAACUACAUCAACCACCCGGAGAUUGUUCCUGACGGUGAGACUGCGACGGAGAUUGAGUCAUUCUUGCAAAAGCAUACCCUUAUGCAAAGCCUCAUGCGGAUCCCUAUCCAGCUGGACGCAUUGUGCUAUAGCUGGGAGCGAGACUUGUUGGAAGGGAGGUCGCAGACAAUGACCAGCAUUUACGAGGCAAUUGUGCUGAAGCUCUGGAAAAAGGAUAUCCUGCAGCUGGGCAUUCGAGAUAACCAAGGAAUGAGGCUAACGGAGGGGAGAGUGAAAGACAUCUUCGAGUCUGACAUCGAGGAUUAUAUGUUCAAUGAGAUCAACCUAAUUGAGGGAAUCGCCUUCCACGGGCUCACAAAUGAUAUUAUCGAAUUUCGGUUGAAAGACCGAAAAUCGUUCUACAACCAUUUCAAACGGCACGGAGAGAAGCGUCCUCACGAUGGCGAACGUGUGCUUCGGAAGGUCUCAUUUUUACGUACCUCCGACGACACUCUCCAGACUCAUGAGCAAAGUUUUCAUUUCCUUCACUUGACCUUCCAGGAGUUCUUUGCAGCGAGAUAUUUUGUCAGGCACUGGCUACAGGACAAGCCUCUCCCGCUUUUUCGUGUGGGUCAGCAAUCGACGAAGCACUCUUUAAUGGCACCCCGAUUGUUCCUUCAGGCAAAGAAAUAUGAUUUACACUAUAAUAUCUAUUGGCGGUUUGUGGCUGGGCUUUUACAAAACCGCUGGCAGUCAAACGUUCUAAGCGGAGAGUUGAUGAGAGAUUUCUUCGAUCAACUAGACCGUGAGCCUCGCGAUAUGGUGGGACCGGCCCACCAGCGACUUACCAUGCAUUGCCUCAGUGAGGUAGCCCCCUCGAGCGAUGAUGAGGUCAUUUCGGAGAGGAGGUCUUCGCUUGAGGAACGGCUGCUACAAUGGGUUGAGCUCGAGUGCAAACUUAGCUCAUACCCAGAAAUGGCCGCUGAGAUGGAAUGCCCAAGCCGCAUCAUCACAAGACUUCUCGGGCCGGGUUACGAAAGGCACCACAAACAAAUUCUAGAGACCUUGUGUCGCAGAAAAGUACAAAUAUCCCAAGAUGUACUUGAUGCAGCGGCCUCGUUGCUCAAAAGAAAUGCGCCUGGCUUAGUGAGACUAUGGGCAGUAGAUCUGAUAUCAAGAACGCCGGACAGGAUAACAGCAGAGAUUGAGAGAAUCCUAGUUGGAGACCUCCACCACGAAGCUUUUGCUCUCAGACGGUACACAGCCCGCGCAUUGUUUGAGAGAUUUCUCUCCCAAAAUGCCAUCCAGGAUCUGGUACUGCUGCUACGGCAUCAUAAUGAGAAUAUUAUCACGGAUAGUGUCGACGCCCUAAAGGCAGCGGUCGACCUUCCUGAGAACGUCAUACAGAAUCUGAUGUCACUCUUUCGUGAUGAGAAGAUUGUCUAUCCCAACGGCACGCCAGUGCCACUUUUGGCACCUCAAAACAAAUUCUCAGAUAGCACUAUCCGGUCUCUCGGUACGCAUCUCAAGGAUAACAUGAGCUGCGUACGGUACAGGGCAGCGGCCGCUUUAGAGGUCAAGAAUACUUUACUCCCUGAUUGGAUCAUUCAUAACCUGGUACAGCUCCUUGAAGAUGAAUCUUCGAAUGUACGGUCCGCCGCAUGCAAAGCAUUGUGCGCCCAGAAAAGUCUUCCGAAGGAGGUCCUCUUUGAUAUCAUUCCCGUGCUCAAUAAAAGGGCAGAGUUUUCGAGAGACGGCUUCCUCAGCGACGAAACAGAGCAUGCAAUUAUGAUUUUGAGGAGCCAACUUGUUCUUCCAGACGAUAUCAGACAUGCGCUAAGUCUCCUACUCAAGGCUGAAGCCUCUUGUACAAGGUUCGCUGCAGGCUGGGCCUUAGCAAGCCAGGACAACCUGUCAAAUGAAACACUCAAUAGCAUGGGACUACUUCUCGAGGAACCCAAUGUUAAUCUGGAACAACUUAGACGCACAUUUCGGUUUUUCGAACACCAGGAAAGUCUUCGACGAAUCGGUCUGCGAGCGUUCCACCGACGUCUCAAAGAUCACAAUAGUGAAGUGCGAGACUUGGCAGCUUACGAACUUGGGGGGUGGCUGCCCCUCUCGGAUGAGAUUCUACGUGAUCUAGUUUUGUGCCUCAAGGAUCCAGAAACAAGAUGGUCUGCAGAAAUCACACUCGGCAAACACUCGGCGAUCCCUGAUGAGAUUAUUCAAAGCUUUCUCGACCUUUUGAUGGAUGAAGACCCAGACGUGCGUGACUCCGCGGCCGCGGCCCUGGACAGUCAAAAAGAGCUUCCACCGCAGUUGCUCCAUUCUCUCGUAUCUGUUCUCAGUCAUUGCCAGGAUGGCUCUGCUUGCGCCGCAACCAAUUGGCUCAAAAGGCAGCGCCGUCUUCCUGGCGAUAUAACCGAAGCGUUAGCCAGGCUACUUGACAAUGAGCGCUGGGUGGUAAAAAAUAACGCCAUGACAGUGUUGCUCGAGCAGUCGCACCUGGAGGAAAAUGUACUCCAUGACAUAGCCAUGCUACAGUUCUACCCUCGCAUUAAAUACAGAUAUGCUUGGUCUUCAAGGCUCAGUUCGCGGUCUGAUUUACCGCCCAAAACAGUCAAAGCCCUGGCAGCUCUCCUUGAGAAAGACAAUCCCUCACAUGUAGAGGAGGUUUUAAGAGUUCAAAGUUGCUUCUACCCUCUUGUACCGACGCUCAGCCGGCAGGCCCUGAAGAAUCUCUUUCGUUUCUGGAUACCCCUCGCCUUUGACACGCAGAUCUGCUGCUUUCUUGACAAAGGCAAGUUGAUUAUCGAUGGUCCAAAAGGGAGGUUUGAACUUGAUUUCGAGAGUGACCAGCAAAGAAAGCAGUUCAUUCAGGCCAUUCGACAGGUGCAGAUGGAUCUGGGGUUUCCUACCGCUGGCACAAACUCUGAUGAACAGACGCCGGAAUGUGCGGGGUGUGCAAUGGAACGUCCGAACAAUAAAGUGGGAAGCAAUGCCCGGGUCCUCGACGCUCCUCUGGUCUCGGAAUGUAAACCUGGCGUGGUCAGCCGUUUUCGCUGCCUCGAACAUACUGGCAGGGUCAUCGUUCUUGCUACUAUUGCAAUUCUCAUUCAGCUGUUCCUCAUGGUGUUGAUGUAG